AUGGCUGGCAGCAAGAAGGUGGCUGCGGCCGGCGGCAAGGACCGCUUCGAGGACCUCCCGGAGCAUGUGCUCGAGCUGCUGCUGUUGUUCCUGGACGCGCGAGAUGUCGUGAGGACGUCCGUGCUCGCUCGCCGCUGGCGCGACCUCUGGAAGUCGGUGCCGGUCCUGCGCUUCCGUCCUUCUUCCAAGUUCGGAUGUGCUGAGAACUUCAACAAUUUCGUGAAUAUGGUGCUCGAGUGCCGUGAUCAGACCUCACCUCUUCGUGAAUGCCAUGUCCAUUCAUAUCUGGAUGGUGAAGAAGACGAGACACACCGUGAUGUUGAAUCGUGGGUACAGUAUGCUGUCUCAUGCCAAGUGUCGGUGCUUCGAGUUCUGAUGUGGGGUGAUCAUCAUUGUAAUUUGGGGCUAUCCAACGACAGCGUCAUCUCCGAGCACUUGACAAAGCUAGAGCUUUAUGGUGUGGACUUUGAGGAAAGCCCUCUAGAUCUUUUGAGCUGUCAGGCACUAGAGGUUCUACAUAUAGAUGGUUGUUGUCUCAACCCUGGGGGUCUGGUCACCUUUGAACUACAGCACUGUGAAGAGUGGACUCCGAUUCUUGAGAGCAUGCCAUUAUUGGCAACAUCAUCUAUCAUUAUUGGCUUUGAAUGCAAAGAUAAUUGUGAUAAUUUUAAGUACCUUGGGAAUUGCGGUGUUGAGCCAUGUGAAGGAUGA